CGACAAUGGAAGCAGUCUGAAGAAGCUCAAAUGAGGCUCGUUGAAUCUCUGAUGCGUGGUAUAUCGAAUGAUUGUAGAUUUGAUGAAAAAGAAGAUGUGUCGUCAGUUACAAACGCCAAGAACUCCCGAGCUAAGGCUAUAAGGAAAAGGGUUUGUGAGGAUUACGAUGUGUCAGUAGAGGUUCUUGAACAAAUUCUGCCAAAGAAAGAUGCACUUAAAGUCGUAAAAUGCCAUGAGCACAUAGAGCUAUUUGCUGAUCUCCAGGGAGACGUUAUCUUCUUCUGCCAACGGGAUGGACCAUUCAUUCCAUCGCUCAAACUUCUGCACAAGUAUCCGUUUCUCCUGCCACACCUUCAAGUGGACCGUGGGGCUAUCAAACACGUGCUCAACGGCUCCAACAUAAUGUGUCCAGGUCUCACUUCCUCCGGUGCUCGUAUGACACAGGUACCGCAGGGCUCGAUUGUUGCUAUCAUGGCCGAGGGCAAAGAACACGCUCUCGCAGUUGGGUCCACGGUUAUGUCUACGGACGAAAUCCUUUCAGUGAACAAAGGUAUCGGUGUGGAGAACUUGCACUAUUUGCUGGAUGGUCUUUGGCGCUUAAAACCUCUCAGAUGAUUCUGCUGGUUUCGGAGCUCUUCGCUUGCAAAUCUCAUGUAUAGUUUAAUCAUCGCCCUAUUUUCACUGUUUAAAUUAUGUGAAAUAAACUGACUAUAUACGCU